GUCAGGAGAGUGCGGAAGGCGGGGUGCCCCCGCGGGUGCGCAGGCGGGGCUUGUGUCGGCUCCUGCCCCGCCCACCCGCCCCGUCCGCCAGGCUGCGGGGGGAGGAGGCGGUGGCUCGGGGCGCGGGGACUCCGCGGGCGGCGAGGAGCUCAGAGCCGGAUCCGGACGCCACCGCCACCUGCGCGGCCGUCAUCAAGAUGUCAUGGCAUCCCCAGUACCGGAGCUCCAAGUUCCGCCACGUCUACGGCAAACCGGCCAGCAAGGAGAACUGCUACGACUCGGUGCCCAUCACCCAGAGCGUCCAAGACAACCACUUCUGCGCCGUGAACCCCCACUUCAUCGCGGUCGUGACUGAGUGUGCCGGUGGCGGGGCCUUCCUCGUCAUUCCCCUGCACCAGACGGGAAAGUUGGACCCCCACUACCCGAAGGUCUGCGGGCACAGAGGGAACGUCUUGGACAUCAAGUGGAACCCUUUUGACGACUUUGAAAUCGCCUCCGCUUCUGAAGAUGCCACAAUUAAGAUCUGGAACAUCCCCAAGCAGCUGCUGUCGAAGAACAUCACGGUCUGCAGGAAGGAGCUGGUGGGCCAUGCCCGCAGAGUGGGCCUGGUAGAGUGGCACCCCACGGCCGCCGGCAUCCUCUUCAGCGCCGGCUACGACUACAAGGUGAUGGUCUGGAACCUGGAUACAAAGGAGCGUGUAAUCAUGAGCCCCGUGAAGACAAUUGACUGUCACCAAGACGUGAUCCUCUCUAUGUCCUUCAACACCAACGGCAGCCUGCUGGCCACCACCUGUAAGGACCGCAAGAUCCGGGUUCUCGACCCCCGAGCAGGGACGGUCCUCCAGGAAGCCAACUACAAGGGGCACCGGGCCAGCAAAGUGCUGUUUCUGGGGAACCUGAAGAAGCUGCUGUCCACGGGCACCUCCCGAUGGAACAACCGGCAGAUGGCCCUGUGGGACCAGGACGACCUCUCCGUGCCUCUCACGGAGGAGGACCUGGAUGGCUCCUCAGGUGUGCUGUUUCCCUUCUACGACGCAGACACCAACAUGCUCUAUGUGGUGGGGAAGGGAGACGGGAACAUCCGCUACUAUGAGGUGAGCGCCAGCAAACCUCACCUGAACUACCUGACCGAAUACCGCUCCUCAUUCCCACAGAAGGGGAUCGGCGUCAUGCCAAAGAGAGGCCUCGAUGUGUCCACCUGUGAGAUCUUCCGCUUCUACAAGCUGAUUACCACCAAAAGUCUCAUCGAGCCCGUAUCCAUGAUUGUGCCCCGGAGGUCAGAGUCCUACCAGGAGGACAUCUACCCACCCACGGCGGGGGCGCAGCCCUCUCUGACCGCCAGGGAGUGGCUCAGCGGGAUGAACAGAGGGCCGGUCCUGGUGUCCCUCAGGCCUGGCUGCGAGCUGCUGAGCCCUCGGCCUCUGCCCCCAGAGAGUGCUCCCUCCACCCCCACGGCCCCCGCCUCGCCCCACCUCACGAGCCAGAUGGAAAAGCUGGUUGCAGAAGAUGGCCAGAGGCCCUUCUCGCUGCCGGAGGAGAAGUCACCGAAGUGGACCCCAGAGCACAGGCUGGAGGAGAAGAAGGCCUGGCUCACAAACGGGUUUGACAUCUUCGAAUGCCCCCCGCCAAAGACGGAGAACGAGCUGCUGCAAAUGUUCUACCGGCAGCAGGAGGAGAUCCGGAGACUCCGGGAACUGCUGACCCAGCGUGAGGUCCAGGCCAAACAGUUGGAACUGGAGAUCAAAAACCUGCGGAUGAGCUCAGAGUGGUUCUGAGCAGAGGGGUCUGCCCUCCCUGCCCUCAGGGACCCGCCACUCGGCUCCGUGGGGAGGUCCAGAACCAAGCCACACGCCCCCCACCCCCGAGAACAACCACUAUUUCUAUAUUUUUUACCAGAAAAUGAAACUCGAUCGCCGAAAGAUUCCAGUGGGACAUGGUGCCGUUUUUCUAUUUGCCUUCUCCAAACAGUGUCUGAACUGACUCUUUUUAGAUGAUAACUUGCCUUCUGUUUAAUUCUGUUCAUGAGGGUCCAUGCUAAGCUAUAACUUCCCGAGGGAAAGAACAUUAUAUAGACAGAAAGUCAGAGCUAAAAGGACUUAGGAGGCGAGCCCGCCUGUGGUGUUCAAACUGCAGUCUGUAGAAUGGGGGGGCAGCUAAGCAGGAGGGCUGUAGCCCCAUCCCAACUGGGUAGCUCCCCAUCUUUCAGUUUUAUAUAUUGGCUUCGAUGGAAAUGCAUACUUCUGCCACUCAAAAAAAUUUAGAAGUUUGAAAACCUGUGAUUGGCCCAACUUCCUCAUUUUUUGGAGGUGGGAAACAGGCCCAGAGCGUCCAUGGCAGGGCUAGGCUGAGCUCCUGGUCCCCUGGCGUGUCCUGCUGCUGCUUCUGGUCGGAUACAGUUCUCAGCCACACAGCAGCAACCCGCUGGUUCUGGCCCCAGCUGCACCCGUGACUUGAAGUGAGUGACUUCAUGUUGUUUCCUCUCUGGCCUCAGUUUCUCCAUCUGAACAAAGGGGGCCUUGGAAUCUGCCACCCAAGACGUGAAAUGUUGGCCAUGACCUGAGGAAAAACUACCUGCAGGGCGAUGAUCCGGAUUUGCUGUGGGGACUCACUGGACGCUGGCAAAGGGGCACAGGGAGUUUCGCUUCAGGGAGAGAAGCCAAGGUCCAGCCCAAUUCUCUAAUACAGGCAGAAGGGUGACGCCAUCCCCUCUUCAGCCAGCAUUAGUGGGAUGUGCAGGGGCACUCCCUGGUGUGGGACGCAGACAUCAGGUCACUUGUCCAUGACGGCUGACAGCCACCAAAGCACUCCAGCCACAGAGCCUGCUCUGGCAGGAUGACCUAGGCAGAUGUCCGAGCAAGGCAACAGAAGAGGCCCCUGGGGGUAGGGAGCCCCAGGGCUGGCAGUGUGCCGGCAGAACCCGCUGGCCGCCCCUCCACAAGGGCUUCCGGGGAAGGAUGACGGUACUAGGCAAGGAGGCGAGGCCACAGGUUCCCAUCCAGCCUGUGUCCCUCCUUUGUGAAUCUUUGCUCUGAGCCCUUGUCUGAGAUUUUCUCUUUUUCAGUGGUCAGUACAGUGGCUCAGCUAGAGACGGGAAAUGUUGGGAGUUAAAUAUACCUGCUUACUGAGGAGGUAAGCACAGGUUAAAUAUACCUGCAGAUGAGGAGUUUUGCCCGUGGCCCAGGGUAGCCCUGGAGCUAGGAUGGGAACUGCAGGAGGCCCCCGGCCUGAUAGGUGUCAACCCAGGCCGUACCUCAGAGUGCCCUUGGGAGCACUCAGGAAAUACAGGUGGCCAGGCCCAACCCGGACCAGCUGCAGCUGAAUUGGCUGAGUAGGGCCUGGCCUUCUGUAUGUCUUUUAUGAGCUCCCAGGUGACUCUACAGUACAGUGAGGGUAGCAACACUGGGCUGGACCGUCUGUACCUAUCUACUACAGUAAAGACAAGGACCAGGAGCUGGGGCUCCAACCUGGUCCUUUAAGUCCUGGCCAGAGGCUGAAAUCAGGAAGGGGUGUUCUGAGCCCUCCACCAGCUCUCUGCCCAAGCCCCGAGCUCCCCACCCCACCCCACCCCUUCCUCCCCCCGCCCCCCCCACCUGUCCCACACGAGGGGCACGCUGUGCCCCUGAUCGCCCCCACCCCGAGCCUUGGCUGAGUCCGCCUGUCUGCCUGCACACGCCAGACACCCAGUUGCUUGUCUUCUCCUCCGUUUACUCAGUCUCUGGGGCCCACCAAGCUUGCCAAAGACCAAAUCCCAGGUGGCGUCAGGGAAGCAGAAUUCCACCGGAAGCCUCACUGGGGCCAGCACUUCACAGUUUACAGAGCCCUCCCACCCCCACUCACCGGCACAUCCCGCUCUAACAUGGGUCAGUCAGGCCUGAUUGUCCCGUGUUCGGGAGGGAAGACUAGCCUCGGAGAACAAAGGCACUUUCAUGCCCAAAGGCACUGGCUCCAAAGUGGGGGCGACGGGGCUGAGCUUCCAGAGCUUUCUGGAUGCCUCCUCCGACUCUCCCCGCCCCAAAGGGACCCAGACCUUGCGCUCAGCAACACCACCAAGGCAUCCACGAACAAACCUUCUCUUUCUUUCUUUUUUUUUUUACAUUUAGAGUAAAUUAUUUAAAUUAUUUCGCAGCCAGGGAGAGGGAUAGGUAAUUUUUAUCAGAUAUUUUUUUAAGCCAUGUUUGAAGAUUACUUUGUUGUUUGCGUUCUCACCUGAUGAAACGGAACUCGUCCAGGGUUCGCAGGGCCAGGCCCUCACACUCAGGGCGGCGGGCAGAGCCUGCCUUGCUCCUCUCGCCGCUCGCUGCUCGCCCUAGCAACCCCUGGCUGUCGGCUCAGGAACUCGCAGAGGAUGAAGACAGCUCUAGGGGAUGAGCUUCAGGGUGCGUCCACCUCAGUGCUCUAGUCAUUGUUCUUCUUGGAACAAAACUCUGAGAUUGUUUCAUAGAGGGGAGCAGGAAGUCAGCAGAUGAUCUAUGCUUUUCAUAUAAAACCGUGCCUGAAACUGAUUGUUUUCAUGUUGUUUCUGAAAUUCCUUGUACCUUUGUAAAAAAAAAAAAUCAAGCAAGCAAGCAAAGUGAAAAUAAAUAUACGUGGAAUUGUGCUAUGGAAAGAAUCUAAAAAAAUAAUAAACAUCAUCUGCCUACACAUUUUAAUA